AUGAAUCAAGAUGAAUCCCGGGGUUUACUGAAGAGUAUCCUUGGAAUCUUUGCUCGAAAACCACCGGAAAAGCCUGCGUCAUCCGCGUCGGUGAGGUCACAGGCGCUCGACGCCUGGCUACGGACGGAUGCAUAUCUGCAGCAUGAGACCGAUGAAUUCGAUAAAAUUGACCCUGAACAUCUCGGGAGGACACUGUCCGCGCUCGAGGAUCUUGUUCAACAUGACCCUGACCGAGGAUGGGAUUCCGCCGCGGAGCAGAACUUAUACCACAAUGUGCCGUACCCGAAGCUCCAGAUGGUCCGCAGCAUGGACCAGCCGCCGAAUCGUGGUGCGCAAUCCAAUUUAGGCCCUCCUGUGCGCUUCAGCAAACGUAAACGAGAUAAUGACGCCGCCAUUCAGGAGCUUUCGCUCCUGGACAAGGAGGCAAAGAAACGCCGGAUUCUGCCUCGUGAAGAGCUGGCUAUGAGCGAUGACAAUGACCAGCCCGAGGCUGACUUCGCCAUGCUAAUGAGGAGACAUUUGGUGUCCUUGGAUCAUGCUUUACGAACACACUGGGUUUGUGUGUGUCAGAAGUGCUCGGGCUUGAGCGUGAGACUUUCACUGCCUCAGCAGAGGAAGAAAGGUUCAACGGUUGAGACUUGUUUCGAAGUGUUCUUUGGAGCGCGAUCUGUGCUUGCAACUACAUUGCAAGAAGCCAAAAUAACUAUUAAAGAUGUACAGAACAACGGUUCUAGGCGCUCAUCUGAGCCUACACCCAGCACUCUACCAGGUUUCGCUCACAUCUGCCAGAGUAUCACGGAAUCAUUGGAUCACCGAAAUUGCUUGCAUCUUGCUCUCGAGGACGGCUUAUUCAAGAGGCUUCGCCCGCAACCAAAGACCUUUGGCGGCGGUCCCAUGCCUCGGACAGUAUCUCUGUCGGCCCUAUUCAAGCGUCAACAAGAAUUACGUGGUAGCUUAUCGGUAUUGCCGCUCAAGGGCAAAAGAAUCUUGGCAGUCACCCUGGCUACAGCGUUGCUUCCGUUCUUAGAGACGCCGUGGGUACAGCCUGCCCUUAAUCACUCAAAGAUUCAGUUUUUCCAGCCGUUACAGGAUGGAGAGCUACCCACCAUCACAAAACCUUUCUUGAGCAUGGAGCAUAUUCCAAUCAUCUCAGCGAGCAAAAUAGACACUGGAGUCAGCCAGAUCGACUCUGCCAGCUUCAAACACAUGGUCCAUCCAAAUGCCAGUGUACUAGCACUAGGGAUCCUCUUGUGUGAACUUCACUACUGCACACCUGUGGAGCUAAUGCAAAGCGACGCCGAUACCGCCCGAGGUGUUAACACUGAUUAUUAUACCAGUCUGGAUAUUCUGAAAAAUCUAGAGGUUGAUGCCGGCAGAGAUUACUACCUCGCUACGAAAGCAUGUUUGCAGUGGGAAUACUAUCCUACCGGAGAGCCGGCCGAUUUUGAAUCUGCCAGCGUUCAGCAGCUAUUCUAUCAGAAUGUCAUCAAACGACUCGAAUCCGAGAUAUUCAAGUCGUGGCAGCUUCGGUCACAGGAUUUGGCAACCCUCGAUUCCCGGGAAAAUGAACUUUGCUGGGGUCUCAUCGGGCGAGAAGUGAUCCGCCAUCAAACAAGCAAGGCCGAACCCUCUGCACCAAGCAACAGAGAAAGAGCUAGUCCCAUACGGUCGGCCUCGGACAACCCGUCUCACAGCUACACGUCUCUCAGCUCCGACGCAGUCCUACAAGUGCCAACUCAGCUUUCUCGGGGAUCACACCGCCGCUCGCCGUCCGCCGAAUCUUCUACGAAAAGCCUGUACUUUUUUGAUGCGAGCCAUCAGGUUGUCUCUGGACAAGACACUGAAUUGUCGCGAAGUUGGAUGAACAGCCUUGUGUCCUCGAUUGAGCAUCAUGUUGACUCGUUUGACACUAUCGAACCUGGGCGCCAAACUUUCGAGCCAGUACGAAUAGCAAUCUUAGAUUCAGGGUUUGAUCGAGGAAAUCCACUUCUGAUGACGGACGACCAACGACUAGAUCCACGGAUUAAAGACGUGCGAAGUUUCGUUCAUCAAACAGAGCCGUUCGACGUUCAAGACGAAAUUGGACACGGCACACAUGCUCUUGGUCUCCUGCUCAACGUCGCCACAUGCGCCGAAAUCUACAUUGCCAGAAUUGCGUGUCGGGAGACUCUGGAUCGCGACAGUUACGAUGACAUCGCAGAGGCGAUCAACUACGCAGUUUCGGCAUGGAAAGUGGACAUUAUAUCGAUGUCAUUCGGAAUUCGUGAAUACCAUGAGCCCAUGAAAACAGCCAUAUCAAAUGCACUACACAAUCAAACACUACUAUUCGCUGCGGCAUCAAAUGAUGGAGGCAAUCUUGGCCGAGCUUUCCCGGCUAAAUACCCUAGCGUCUUUUGCAUACACUCGACCGACGGAAAUGGCAACCCUUCGGCAUUCAAUCCUACGGCAGACGAUAAAGACGUCAACUUCAGUCUACUCGGGGAGCAGGUUUAUUCUCACUGGCCAGCAGGCAAGAAUGGCCAUAAUGAUUAUGUCAAUGCUAUUUCAGGAACAUCAGUAGCGACACCGAUCGCCGCUGGGCUUGCUGCUUCACUCCUGUCCUUUGUGCGGCAGCAAGACCAGUACACGACUGCAGAGAAUGAGGUACUGGGCCCGUGGUUGAAAGACGUUCAUUCAAUGGAUGCAAUUCUGAAGAGCAUGGUCAGACAGAAGAGAGGUGUUGGUUAUGACUAUAUCACGCCUCACAUACUGCUUGACAGGGGCUCGUCGAGAGAGCAUGUUUAUAACAAGAUUAAGGAUAUCCGAAGACACAUGUAUCACUAG